AUGCUCGGAUCCAUGGCAAUGCGGAACUCUCCAACUCAAUACCACACCCUUCCCCACAACGGAGGCGACCUCUCAAAAUCCUACACCCUCGAAUUCGGCUACUCAUCAUCAGCUAGUUCGAGUCCAGUUCCACCGAUGUCUGAUGGACUCCUGAGAAAUCCUCAACACACACGGUUUUGCGCUCAAGCAAAAGAUCGUUUCGUUGUGCGCAUAGUGAAGAUCACCGACAAAUCAGCAGCCUCGCGAGGCACUCAGCCGCCGCCACCCCCGCCAUCGCCCAAUCGACCCCUCAGAGCUGUUCUACAUGAUCCACAAGAAAUGCUCAAACUGGAGGCUUUGUUGAUGCAAUCAGCAUCUUGCGCAGCCGUCUUCAUCGGUUUCCAGGCCCAACUGCCCGCCAUGGCCGCGGAAUACGUCUCUCGGUCUACUUCCGCGGACCAGGUCAACAGUCUGGAAGGAAUGCACAUCUAUCGACGCAGACGACUCGGCAAAGGUGUGCGUUUGUGCUUCAGCUGCCCGCUUCGAGGCGGUGGUCUCAAACUUAAUGACUUCGCUUUGGGGACCGUGUCGCAGAGGCUCGAAAGCUGGGAAACAAGUUCAGGGAGGCGUGGAAUUUUGCAGGAGGUGCUGCAGGCCCUUAAGACAACAGUAGAAUUACUGCUUGCCCAAAUUAGGCGGGAUGGUCUGCGAACAAUUAAACCGGAGAUUGACUACAUAUUCUACCCCGUUCCACCGUACAAAAACUUGCUCAGAGGUGGGAAAUUCACUGAUCAACCUGCGCAGCAAAUCACCCCUCCAGUUUUCCAGUAUCAACAGAAUCCCUUUGCUCCACCGGCCGUAACCUCGGGCAGGCCAGUCUCAGCACACGCCGUUGUAGUUGGAGGCAGCAGUAGCGCAGAAAGGAAGAUCUUGUUCUCGCCAGCGCAGAAUCUGGCCAACUCCAUUAGUCCUCGUGAUUCUCCGGUAAUGCAGACGGCUGAACACAUACCCCUCGAGGCCAGAGCCUCGCCAAUAGCCAGCACCUGUUACGUCUCCGCUGAAAGUCCGUCUGACCGAAUCUCCAGCGCACCCUUCAUUGGCACUUCUAGCAGCCCCCCCACGUGGCCAUUGCAUCUACCCUCUCCGUUGCACCAACCUCCUGCAGUUGGCGGUGAGGCUGAGUACCUUCUGUCGGGGAUAGAGGGAAUAUCCCUUGCUCAACCGCCACCACCAUCAACAGUGGCCGCCUACGAUGCAAGUUGCAACGACAUGGUGCGCAGAAUAUCACCCUCCAUGCCUACAGGGGAGGAUAUGAUGACCACGCUCAUCACCGAGGUUGUCGACCGCCUUCGUAAAAGCCCGCAUCUACCUCUGAUUGUAAUGCCAUCGCAAACACCCAGAAUACCACCUCUGGUCUUUCAGCUCCCCUCGCCUGAACUCAUCUUUGUCGGCCUGCCAGCUACGACAAGUUCGAGCGGCCACGAGCGACCGCGCCUGGUCACGUCGCCAGCCGACAACACCGCCUUCGUUGUUACCUCAAAGCGUCGACCAAAAAGCUGUCUCCCAAAGAUGAAUUACCUCCCUGGUGCCACAGACACCUCGCGCUUCACCGUCGCAGCUCCCCGACCCGGCCACAUCCUCGGCGUCUCCUCCGAGGGUGACAUCUUGGAGUUGCAGGCAGGCCGCUGA